AAACAUUGUUUUUUUUGUUUGUUUUCCUGUUCCAAUGGGACGGAAACCUCACCCGGGAAGCCCUGAAGCAGUCGGCCAGUCGCAUAACCGAGCUUCCUAGAUUCAAUGAGCCAGAGAUGACGAUGAUGGGGAACCUCAUCGCCGGAUUCCAUCUAGUCUUUCUCUCUCUACACUUUUGGUCUCUUCUCCGCCGCUCGAUCGCCAGCUCCAUCGCCUCCGACGACUCAGGUUUCACGAAUCUGAGUAUUACUUCCGGAUUGAGGAGACAUGUAUUAGCAGAGGAGAGCAACUUGUCGUUGGAAGAACACUUACAAAAACUUGAAAAAUUAUCUAGAGGGUACAUGACAAAUUCCGAGCUUGAAAAAGCAAUUAUGACAUUUAAGCAUAGGUGUAGCAGCAUUGCCAGAGUAUACAGCAUAGGAAAGAGUGUACAAGGACAUCCACUGUGGGUGAUAGAACUAUCAGACAAACCAGGGGUGCAAGAGGCUGAACCUGCAUUUAAGCCUUGUUAUUGUAGUUUAUUGGAAACGUGCACGGAGAUGAACCUGUUGGGCGUGAGCUUCUAAUGCUUCUAGCUAAUUGGAUUUGUGAUAAUUACAUGAACGAUCCUUUGGCUACCUUGAUUGUAGACAAUGUUCAUCUUCAUAUCCUACCAUCUAUGAAUCCUGAUGGGUUUGAGACGAGGAGACGUGUAAAUGCAAAUAACAUCGAUUUGAAUCGUGAUUUCCCAGAUCAGUUCUUUCCCGUGAAUGAUGAUCUGGGAUCUCGUCAACCAGAAACAAAAGCUAUCAUGAGCUGGAUGGAAGAAAUACAUUUCACUGCAUCUGCUAGCCUGCAUGGGGGGGCACUUGUUGCAAAUUUUCCAUGGGAUGGAACUCAAAAUAAAAAGAAAUAUUACUUUGCUUGCCCUGAUGAUGAAACAUUUAGAUAUAUGGCAAAUAUAUAUAGUCAUAAUCACCACAACAUGUCUCUAAGCCAGGAGUUUCCCGAAGGAAUUACAAAUGGUGCAUAUUGGUAUCCUAUAUAUGGUGGCAUGCAAGACUGGAAUUACAUUCAUGCAGGUUGUUUCGAAUUGACAUUAGAGAUAAGUGAUGAUAAAUGGCCUAAUGCAACUGAAGUAAGGUUCAAGUUUGAGUCUUCUAGUAUUUGGAUUGCGACACUUAUUGCAUACAUGAACAUGCUAAUCCAAUAAUUGUGAACCUCCUUGUGUAGCAUAUACACCCAAAGGAUAUGAAUUACUAAAAUAUUUUAAUGUAGCAAUCAGGCAUGCUAUUCACGUAUGUAUUUGUAAUUUGGAAUGAGCUGUGAUUAUGUGAAAGUGUGAUAACCAACAACAACUCAGUAAGGUCGCGCAAGUGGGGUCUACGGAAAGUAUGCAAACUGCCCACUUAUAAGAAUUUUCUGUUUCUUAUAGCGAUUAUAUGUAUAAAAAAAUACGAAGCAUGUGUUAACUUUUCUAGUCACCAAAAUUGACUUGUUGCUUAAGUUAGGUUCUUUUGUAGUUUCCUCCCUUCUUGAUGUUACAAAAUCGAGUAAUUCAACUUUCCAGCAUUACUGACAAAUAGAAUCCCAUUAUUUAGCAUGACAAGUAAAUUGGGAGCACCACU